AUGGCGCUGGAUAAAGACAAAGUAAAAUCAAGCUAUGGGAACAUUUACUUGAUAAAAUAUCUAAAUAACGCGUCUGGGAAUUCUGUCGAUAAGGACGAGCUCGUCGAUCUUCUCAUCAAUCCCCAGCAAGAAUACCCAACAGGACGUCUGAUUAGGAAUCUCAUUUCAAAGCUUGUUCUAUCAUCUGAUCAAUCAGCGCUCAAUCACAUUGUCAGCGAGCUCGUGUCUAAAUUGCCGAGUAGCUCCAUAAGUGACAAAGCCAGAUCGUCGACACUCUUUGUUUUAGGUCAAGUGAUACAACAUAACCCUGGAAAGUUCUCUUCAACUUGUGCCGAUCUUUACGACAUUUCCUUCAAGUAUCUCAGAAAUUCAAAUCUUUCCAGUCACCUGAGAUUUCACGCUGGUAUCGUUAUCACAAAGAUCAUAGAGACCUCGUCAAGUAUAAUCACCGAAAACCAAGUAAAAGACCUCAUUAAGCAACUCAAAAACCUUAUUACUGACAAAGUAUAUCCACUUCAACGCGUUUCAACUAAAUGUAUAUCCAAUCUCAGCACCUUCACCCAACAUUUAUCAAGCACCACCGAUAUUGAGCAAAUUGUGAGCAUAUGUAUUAAGACAGCGGAUAUUGUCGACCAGCAAACGAGACAGCAUCAUACCGCACUCGCUGCUCAGUUGCUGGCUUCUACUCAGUUCAAAAUUAAGCAUCAGCCUCAGCAAUCCAAGAUCUUAUCAACAAAGACGAUUAAGAGGGAUAAAACCAAGGACAAAGACCAAGAUGAUGACGUUAAAGACACCAACGAAGCUCCUGUCAUUGGUUUGAUGGCUAUUGAUAAUAUGCUAAGCAUUCCAUCCAGCCACUUCAACAAAGGAUCUAGGAAAAUUAAAAACAUUAUUAUAGAAAUUUACGCCUCUCUGUUCUCAUCUAUGGGCUCAAAGUGGAUCGAAUCCAAUUACCAAACUAUCAUUACACAUCUAAUUUACAGUGUAAUGGAGUCCAAUAUGGUUAAACCUUGUGACAUACUUACCGUUAGAUCUUCUCUCAACAUACUUCUGAGGGAGCAUAUUGGUAAAACUCUACUAAGCGAGCAAGGUCAAGGCCUUGCACUCAAUGUGUUGAUAGACACCUUUUUAUCCAAGUACACAAAGGGAGACACACUUCAAGCUAGGUACUCAGACCAAUCUUUAGUUGUCGUUGUUGAAGAGAGCAUUGGAUUGUUAGAUCAACUGGGCAGUGUCCCAUUACAGGUUCAAGACAGCCUCCCUGACCUUUUGUUCAAGUUGAUCGCGCUUCCUUCUUUCAGUGCGCAGAUAUCAGUUUCAAGGCUUUUUCGUCAAUUCCACUACCUCUGCCCGACUCGAUUGGAAGUAUCAUUAAACAAACUUCUUGACUUGCUAGAAAAGAAGUUAUCUCAUUUAAGAACACCAAACGCAUCUUCAGAAGUAGCAUUUACAUCUAUUGGAUACACAUGUGCAACCGGUAGUUUGAUAGCAUUAUUCAGGCAAAGACCAUUAAAUACACCAAUUGAAAUACCAUUUAAAGUAUUUGAGCUAUCUCAAGGCUUACUCAGGAAAUCCGGAGAAUGUGAAUUUGAUCAAGCUUCAAUUCACAUUCAAAAUGCUUGGAUUCUCAUUGACUCUUUAAUGUCAGUUGGUCCACAAUUUGUGACAUCGAUAAUCAAUCAAUUGAUGCUACUGUGGAGAAAUUCUCUGACAAAGAUUGAUAUGCAGACCAAUGCUCCAAAAACUCAAACGGAAUGGACCUUUUUGCUGCAUGUCAGGGAAUGCGCUCUUACUGCUUUAUUAAGCUUUUUGAAAUUUAAUGCAUCAACGCUAUUGACAAUGGAACUUUCAAGAAAGUUUGUCGGCUUACUGAACAAUACACUAUCUUUUUCAAUGUCAUUUAAUAUCACCAAUUCGGCAAUAUUGAAGGAUCAAAUUCCUACCGGAGCGUGUGCUCAUCCAAACAUUGGACUUCUAGACAGAGACAUUCUACUCAAAAGACGUAUCUACCAAUGCUCAGUCUACCUUGAUAACAAUAGCAAUACAGAGACUCUCACUGCUUUCAUCGAAGCUGCUUUUUAUGCUUUUGGUGACUCUGAAAGGUACGCUGGUUCGGCGGCUCAAGCUGCUAUUGCCUCCACUACAAGCUCCGCUGGCUCCUUCGCAUUUAUUUGGAGUGUAAGUGAUGGCUAUGGCUAUGGUCUGACCAGUCUCCAUGAUGUGGAUGUUCCAGAAGGCAACAACCAGACAUCUGAAAAGCUAAUGAAGGAGAUCCGUAGGCCUUCACCUAAUGCUUACGAGCAUGAUAUACUUAGUUUAUUUGAAAACGAUCCUACAUUAGUCACUCCACAACCUGCACCAGCAACGGUAUUGGUUGACGCGGCCAUUACGUUUUUUGCUUUGCGUUUAACAGAUGUGGAUUCCACAUCCAUGAUUAAAUUGUUCGAAAGUAUUAGAGCAUCAGUCAAGAAUCCAAAGCUAGAUCGCAAUCCUGGCCGCAAAUUAGCAGUUAUUGUCAAUACAUUGAUUGCGAUACGCGGAUUUUUAAGCAAUGGUAAAUCACGCAAGCUACGUACAGUACUAAGCGUAGCUCCGAUACGUAACACCUUGCAAGAACUUUUCGAGGAUGCUAUCACUAAUGAAGAUGCAACAUUACGACGUCUUGGAGCCGAAUCUUUAGGAAGGCUCAUCGCAUUAACAGCUGACAGAAGCUUCAUGACGACGCAAUCAAGAUUUUACUUGGAUCUUAUCGUAAACAACAGAUCUCCAUCUAUAAGAUCAGGUAGUGCUAUCACUUUAAGUGAGAUAUAUAAACAAGUUGGUAGUUUAGCUGCCGGUCCUCUGUUAAAUUCAAUUUGUGAAAUUUUGACAUCACUUGCAUCUGAUUCUCAUCCAGAAGUCCAUUACUACUCUUUGGAAGCUUUUUCAAACAUCAUAGAAGCUGCAGGAUCAGCUUUCAGUCCUUAUGUCGCACGAACUCUUGGCCUACUAGCCAGUAUACAUAACUGGGAGUCACAUGAGCCUGAGGGCGGCCAAACUGUCUCAAGUACAAACCUUCGAUCAGAAUACUCACUAUACAAAGUACUUUGCAAUAUUCUGAAUGAUCUUAUUGGUAUUUUAGGUCCGGAAAUUAAUGAAAUGAACGAUGUUAGAGAUUUGCUUUUCCUCUUAGUCAAACAAAUGAUGAAGGAAAAAGAUGAAUUGGUUAGAGGCAAUGCCUUACGGUCCCUUCAGAACUUUGUUAUGUUUGCUCCAGAUCAUACUGAUAUUCCCACCCUGAUAAGGACUUUCCAAACUGCAUUAAAGUCUUCAAACAAGGUCAUUCAGAGCUCCUCAAUGAACGGUCUGUAUCAGCUGACUCAGAAGUAUGUUAAAGAGCUAUCUUUAGUUGGUGGUGAUAGACUAGUUGAAGAUUUGUUUGCUUUAUUGGAUAAAGAGCCCGGUCAUGAUGGUCUUAAGCUACUUUUACUCAGCUGGUUGAAGCAAACAUCUGAGGUAAAUUCUGAAGGGUGGCUAAGUAUUUGCCAGAAAGUUUUCACUAAAGCCUCACAAGGCAGCAAUGACAAAGAGUUUAAGAAGGAUAAAGAAGAAGAUGAAGAAGUCCAAGCCUUAGGCGCUGCAAAUGAUGAGGAUCAAUCAAGACUGUCUAAUUGGCAAACUCAGCUAUUCGCAUUAGAUUGCGUACAUAAUCUUAUUCUCUCCGACUUCUCAAGAGAUAUUAGAAAUGUCGUUGCUAGAACUUUACAAAGUCGCGUGGCGGAUCUGAUUAAGCUCGCAUUUGUUGCUUCUACUUCUAGGGUCGAGCUUAUCCGUAUAAAGGGUUUGGUUAUUUUGCGCGACGUAAUUGAAACUUUUGCAAGCUUCAAGGAUAGUCACGAUGACCAAGCUAGCUUGCUGGAACAACAUCAGGCUCCAAUUACUGCAGCACUUACUCCCGCAUUUAGCGCGGAUUCGACUCCUGAUAUUCUUGCAACAGCCAUUCAAGUUUGUGCUACGUUUGUUAAAAGUGGUAUCGUCAAAGAGGUAUCAAAAAUGGGUAGAAUAUUGAAGCUUUUGACAAGCGCAUUACAUAGAUUUAAGAACUCAUCUGAUCAAUCUACGCCUAUCGGAGAAGUCGGAAAGCUAUGUUUGGCUGCAAACGAAAUGCUUAAGAUUUCAACUCUCGCUGCAUGGGCUGAAUUAGGCAUAGCUUCCUCUUCAAAAUCAUAUUUAGAGAGUGUUCUCGAGCCGCUUUGGAUCUAUUUGUUACCCAUGUGGGCUCAAACCAUUCAACAGUAUGCAGAAAUGAGUGAAGGCGUAUUUAACGAUGACAUAUUAGCUCAACAAAUUCUACUGCCCUACUACGAGCACGACUGGAUCAAAAUUCUGAAUGCUUUAGUCAUGUCUCUCGACACAAAGACUGAUUUAAUAGAAAAGUAUGUCAGUUUGGAUGGUAGAAGAGAUGCAACAGUUCAAUUUCAAAUCAUUUAUGGCCUAGCCUUUUCAAAUUUGGUAAUGAACUCAGACGAUAUCCACAAAUCUUCAAUCGCUCUUAACACUAUAUCAAUGCUCGUCAAACAUCCAAAGUCUGAGAAUUGGAUACUGACUGAGGGUAUAUUUGAUGAAGCACUGGAAUUAAUCUGGCGAUUAGCAACUGCAUCACCUUCUCAGAUACGAGGUAAAGCACUUGACUUGCUGGGAGGUAUUUGUAACCAUUACGGAACUAAACUCGUCGACAACAUAGAAAUACCCUCCAGUCCCGAUUCUCAAUUUGGCAAGAGCUUACCCAGAAAUUCGAAGAUAACAAGAUGCUUGCAGUUAAUUUACUCUGUGUUAAAUGGAUGUCUCGAUGACGACUCAAAAUUGAUCAAUUGCAGUAUGGAGUACAAGGCUUACAUUGCUAGAUCAUCGUUUUUAGCUUACUUAGAUGUUAGCAAGACAUUGGCUGCUACUACAAGGGUUGAACUGUAUGCUGUUUUACUUCACAAGUAUGCUGAACUUUUGAGACGUGAAGAUGGAACUAUUCACAUAGCCGCAGUCUUGUCACCAUUGACCAAAAACGUACUAGAACUAUCAGAAGAAUUCAAAGGCGAUAAUCUUCUCGUUAUGAAGAAGACCUUGCACGGUUUCUUGUCGUUUACGUUGCAGACGGUUGAUGAGAUCAAAACCCGAGAAGGCUCAGCAAUAUUGGCUAAGAGGAGGUACAAUAUAUUAGCGGCGAUGUCUGUUAUUACGGCUACACCUGAUUGCAUUGGAGUAUCAAAGGAGGUCGCCGAGCAUUUCAGUGAAAUUCUCAUCGAAUACUUGUUUAUGGCUGAUAGUACGGAAGAGGGACUUACCAAUGCUUUGUUGGGUAACUUCAACAAAUUGUUUGACGCAAAGACCACAAAAACCAACCAUUACAUAGUAGUUCAUCUUGUCAAGAAUCUAGUCAAGAAAAGCGAGGAUAUGAAUGAAACAACAAAUCAAGUACUUGCAUUUUAUAGUGUGGUGGUUAGAAGUCAGAUAUUAGACAGUCAAAGAGCUCAAUUAUACGGUUACCUAAUUCCCAGUUGUCUUGGUAGUUUGAAGAGUGAAGUAUGCAAAGAAGCAGCUGCAAAUUGCUUGUUAGAUAUGGCUAGUGCUAAUGCGCUGUCUUUCAAAACAGCCACAUCGUGGAUAGAUGCAGAAAGUAGAGCCUUGUUAGAAGGUGCAAUGCGUGAAGCUGUAUUGAAGCAAAGCGGGUCACAGGCUGGCAAGAAGACGAAUGGUGUAUCACAGCCAUCGAUAUCGUUAAAAGCGUUUUCACAAUGA